AUGCUCCUGUUCUACCAGGAGCUCUCCAAGCUGGGCCUGGGAAUUGACGCUCAGGUGGAGCUGCAGACUUUCCAGCUGCCCGUGGAUUACAGGGAGGUGAAGCAGAAGAUCACCAGGAUCUGGGAAGAUCUUCAACCACAACUCGUCGUGCACGUGGGCGUGGACUCCUCCGUCAAGGCCAUCUUCCUGGAGCAGUGCGGCAAGAACCGAGGCUACCAGGGCGCUGACAUCCGGGGCUUCCGGCCGGAGGGCGGUGUCUGCGUGCCGGGUGGCCCGGAAGUGAUCACGUCCGGGGUCAGCCUGAGGGCCGUGUGUCGGCGCGUUGCGGUUAACGCCGUCGAGGUGGCCUAUUCGCGCGAUGCGGGCAGAUACGUCUGCGAUUAUACCUACUACCUGUCUCUGCUCCAUGGAAAUGGGUGUGCAGUGCUCAUCCACGUCCCUCCGUUAUCACCUUGGCUCCCAGCCAGCCUGUUGGGAAAAGCCUUGCAAGUCCUCAUCCAGGAGCUGCUGGAGGAGGUGGGAAAGCCGGAGCUCCCAGGCUGGCUGGCAGAAAAUUCAAGCCCUGUGCCUCAAGCCAAGGGGAAGCAACCAAGGCGCAGAUCCUUCAGGGGAAUUAAAUGUUUCAUGCCGGUGAACAGGGCAAGUGAAGGAUGCAACGUGGCAACCUGGAAGUGCGGCAUCAACCUGUCCAGGAAAGCGAAGGCGCCUGGCCACGCUGGUGCCCGUCCUGCCCGACCUGGCCCUCGGCUGGCCGACCUGGAGGUGGGCUUACUAAGCCCCCUGAGGACGCCGGUCCUGGGCCAGCUCGGAGCCCAGGGUCCAGCUCCCUGCCAGCGCAAAGGGAGUACCUUGGGAUUUUCUGACUCUAAAAGCCUCGUGCCCACAGAGCCCAUGGGUUAG